CUUUUCGUCGCUUCCAGCGCUUGUGAUGCCUUCCAUAGGGCAGCUGGAGCCCCAUCAGACACAAACUGAUGGUUUCAACUCAUCGCUGAGGCCCAUCGCAGGGCACCAUGGCGGCUGUGACGGUGAGGCGAGCAGGACACAAUAGGAGAGGGGAUGAUGACUGAUCAAUCAAGCGAUGCUCUGUGUUCGGUUUGUCUGACAAACAGGUCGGUAGCAUGACGUGGCCGCAGCAGAGAGGUACGCCCGGCUUGCACACACAACAGCACACCACAGAUGCCCUCAGAGAGGUGGUGUGAUGUCUGUGAUGUGUUGCAGCCGUGUUGGUGGACGGGAUGGUCAAGAGAGCAGCGUCGAUGGGCUGCCGCGACGCGACCGUCAUGCGGGCGGUGCGGCUGCUGGCUGUGAGGUCUGAUUGUUCUGAGUGCGGCAUUGGGUGUCUGGAUAAGCUGUUCACUGCGGCCGGCAUGGACACCCACGGCCGCCUGUUCUCAUUGGCCAAAUACCUCAUGGUCAGUCUGUCCGCCAGCCACAUACAGACAGACACCUCCAGCCAUCGAAUGGCUUAUCCCUGCCUGUCUGUCUGUCUGUCUGUGCAGUUCUUGUCGAUGUGUGAAAUCGACUUGGCCGCGUGCUAUGUCCACCUGCUGGCCGCCACGGCCGUCUACAUCAUACGCAAGACCAACCAGAAGCAGAUAGCGGGCGGCAUUUGGGUGAGCCGAAGCGACACGUGUCCUGGCCUUUCUAUGGCCUGUGUGGGUUUGUGUGUCCGAUUGUUCAUCGUCAGAGUGCGGCCCUUGUGGCUGAGAGUUCGGUUAGCGAGUCGGCGCUGGAGUCGAGCAUGACGACGUUGAGGAUGCAGCGGCUCAUGUGGGGCGACACACAGACCACCAAAGGGGUGAGCAUGUCAGAAGACCAGUAGAAUCGCCAACACAGUACCGUGUUGAUGCCGGUGUGUGCCGUCUGUGUGGUGUGUGCAGAUCGUGACCGAUGCAGUCGACGAGCUGUUCGCCUCGCCCGACCGCCACGGCGUCGCAUCGACCCGCAGCCACCCACAGCAAGAGCAGCAGCCGCAUUGUCAGGUGGGUCUGACACAAACCGACCGCCAUGCACCAGAUGUGCCUUCUGAGUGUAUCGAUCUGCAUUGUUACGUGUGCGUGCGAUCUGCAGGAGGGCCGCCAGGAGCACCCCCUCGCCCAUCUGUUUGCCGAAGACCGCUGCCGCACCCCCGACAUCAGCACCACACUGCAGCUGAGGGCAGCCUCACGAGACAUCAGAGACGCCUUCUCAUCAGACCAGCUGCGCAGCCGACUGAACAACUCACUGAGCCGUGACGGCGAUGGCAUCAACACCCCACAGCUGCAGCUGGUGCAGUUCGACCCAUCGCUGGGGAUGGGUGAGCUCAUGGCGGCCGUGUGGAUAGCCGAGGAGGGCGGGCGGUGGGAUGAGACGCGGGAGGUGCUGCAGUGGGCCAGCCAGUGCGGCUGCUGCAUACUGCCCAUCAACCUCACGGCCGAUGACAUCAAAACACACGCCAACAAGACGGUAAGGCACACACACACAGAGCGGGUGGGAGGGAGCAGAGAGGCCUCAUCCUCUCUCUCUCUCUCUCUCUGUGUGUGUGUGUGUGUGUGUGUGUGGCGUGGUGUGGUGUAGGCGUAUGAAUCGGUAGCUCGUGUGUUGGCGCAGCUCAUGGUGGUCGGCCGCUACAUCGACUUUGGUGACGGCAGCCGCCUGCAGAUCUUCCGCCAUGCCAAUGGUGAGGUGCGGGCCAUCAGGGACGAGCCCGGCUUCCGGCUGGAGGUCAAGCCGCCCCUCCCUGCCGGCCAUCUGUAUCAGCGGCAUCGACUACAGCAUGACCCACCAGUGCGGAGCGGCAUCUUCUACUCUGACGUUUUUGGCAGAUGGGGGUCGAGCGGUCUCCAGACCACCGACGCGUCAGUAUCGUUAUUCGCCAAGCACAUGAUCCUCGGCCACUUCUAUGGGACUCACCAGACCAAUGACACAGUGAAUGUGCUUAACAGGUAGCACACCAAUGACACGAGUGGGCAAAGGGGUGCGUGUUUGAUUGUGUUUGAUUGUGUGUGUGUGUGUGUGGUUGGUUCAGGUAUGUUGGUGGCGGCCGUCUGGAUGGCCUCCUCACUCAGUCGCCCCACACACCGGUGGCCGGAUGCACUACCACAUUCAGCUGUGACGGUGGUGUGCGGUUUCUGGUGCUGACCGACAGCAGCCACGACUUCGUCGCAUGGAUUUUCAUUUUGGAUUUGGCGGACGGCACCGGUCAGGCCGACAGACAGGCAGCUCUGCUGGCCGACCAAAUGUCAUGUAUCGUUCUCUCUGUCAUUGUCUGUCUGCAGUGAAUGUGUGUGUCGUAACGACCGAGGCGCCUGCGGCUCGUGCGAGUAAGGAUGCGCCCUUCAAGGACCGCUAUCCGGUGACAACUCAGCUGGCCGUGUGGCGCUGGGGCGAGUGGCGCCGUACGUCUUCGACGGCCAAGUAGACGAUGACAGCGACGAUGACGGCGGUGCGGUCAGGGGGAGGGGACACACACAUGGUGGCCAGGAUGGAUGGAUGGAUGGCAUUUCAUCUCUCUCUGUCUUUGUGUGUGGUGUAGAUUCCGACGGCCAUGGCGGCGGCUGGGAUGAUAUGGAUGACGACAGCAACGGAGAGGGCAGCGGAGGUGCACACGAGGGGGAGGGACACACAGCACACUUCACAGAUGCCCUGAUGUCAAUCCGCAUCAGCCGAAGAGGACAACAACGAGGGUGACGGCGACAACCAUGACGACGACAGCGAUAGUGGUGGCGGUACUCACAGACAGAGGGAGGGGCGCACACAGUCGUGAAGCGAUGGCUAAUGGGCCUUCUCUAUGUGUGUGGUGCAGACGGCAAUGGUGGCAAUGAGAGUGACGGGAUGGACGACGGCAGCGGAGGUGCACACGAAGAAGAUGACUCACGGCACUUCGCGUCAAACACAUGUAUGUGUGCGGUGGCUGCAGGGGCGCCAUAUGUCUUCGACGGACGAGUAGACAAUGACAGCUAUGAUGACGACACUGACGAUGGUACGACAGACAGAGGGAGGCGGCAAGGAGAGACGUGGGUGUGUGACGGGCCCUUUGUGUGUGGUGCAGACGGCCACCAUGGCGGUGGCUGUGACGAUAUGGACGUCGACAGCGGAGGUGCACAUGAAGGAAGGAAGGAACGCACACACACCACACCACACGGCCUAAUGCCCGUCGCCAUCACACAGCUAUGCGUGUGUGUGUGGGUGUGUGUGGGUGUGGCAGGAGAGGAUGCACCAGCCGAGGAGGACAACCAAGACGGCGGCGGUGACGGCAAUGCAUCGCCCUGACGACACACACAGAGACCGAUCUCAAUACCCACUGGUGCGCCACAGACACACUGCAAUGUGAUCGGCUGGUGCCAUGCCUCCCUCUCUGUCUGUGUGUGUGUGUGUGUGUGUGUGUUGUGGCCUCAGGAGGGUGGUGGAGUGCUGUCUGCCGUCCUCUCUGUCUGUAGCCUGCUGACCGGUGUAGAUCACUGCUGAUGUCGACGCACGAAUGGCUGUGUGUGUGUCAAUGCCUCCGGUGGGUGUGUGGGUCGCUCUCUCUCUCUCUCUCUCUCUAUCUCUGCCUGUGUGCUGUCGAUUUGUAUUGGCCUAGCUGGGUGGGCGGACGUCCUGACAGACAGACAGACAGACAGACAGACAGACAUGGUGUCUGUGUGUCUGUGUGUGUGUGUGAAUGCAUUUCAUUGCACCGCUCUCGCGUCCGUCUGAUGAAUGAUGCG